GUAAAUUAAUUAAAGACAGAACAUAACCUCCUUUGAUUUUCUCUCUCUCUAUCCAAACCAAACACCAUUUCUGAGAUCUUCUAGCUUUUAGGGAGAAAAGAUGCAGACAAGAUAUAUGGAGAGGACUAAUAGUAUGAGAGAAAAGAGAAAGCUGGAGGAAGAUGAUAAUAACAAUCAGCAGCAGCAGCCUGAGCGUAAAAGACCCGCUCUUGCAAGUGUAAUCGUGGAAGCCCUUAAGAUGGAUAGCUUACAGAGACUCUGCUCGUCUUUGGAACCGAUUCUUCGCCGAGUGGUAAGCGAAGAGGUGGAGAGAGCAUUAGCGAAGCUAGGCCCUGCGAGAGUUAGCGAAAGGUCUUCUUCUUCUCCUAAACGAAUACAAGGCAUCGGUGGUAGGAACCUGCAGCUGCAGUUCAGGUCUAGACUCUCUGUUCCUCUGUUCACCGGAGGGAAGGUAGAAGGAGAGCAAGGCGCUGCCAUCCACGUUGUGCUCUUAGACGCCGCAACAGGACGUGUGGUGACGGUAGGACCUGAAGCUUCCGCCAAGCUCGAUGUCGUUGUGCUUGACGGCGAUUUCAACAAUGAGGAUGAAGAAGGCUGGACUGAAGAAGAGUUCGAGAGCCAUUUGGUGAAAGAGCGGCAAGGGAAGAGGCCUCUUCUAACCGGUGACGUGCAGGUGACGUUGAAAGAAGGCGUGGGGACGUUAGGAGAGCUUAUCUUUACAGACAACUCGAGUUGGAUAAGGUGCAGAAAGUUCAGGCUGGGGUUGAAGGUCUCUUCUGGUUGCUGUGAAGGGAUGCGUGUGCGCGAGGCGAAGACAGAAGCUUUCACCGUCAAGGACCACCGUGGAGAGUUGUACAAGAAACAUUAUCCACCUGCUUUGGAUGAUGAAGUCUGGAGGUUGGAGAAGAUUGGUAAAGACGGAGCUUUCCAUAAGAAGCUGAACAAAGCAGGGAUCUACAAUGUUAAAGAGUUUCUACGUCUUAUGGUUAAAGACUCUCAGAAGCUAAGGACUAUUCUUGGGAGUGGAAUGUCAAACAGGAUGUGGGAGACACUUGCAGAGCAUUCAAAGACAUGUGUCUUGAGUGAAAUGCUUUACGUCUAUUAUCCUGAGGACUCAGUUGGUGCUGUCUUCAACAAUAUCUAUGAGUUUAGUGGUCUUAUUUCAGGGAAGCAGUACUAUCCUGCUGAUUCUCUUUCUGACAACCAAAAGGGUUAUGUUGAUGCAUUGGUGAAGAAAGCUUAUGAAAACUGGGAUCAGGUUGUUGAGUAUGACAGCAAGUCACUGAUGAACUUCAACCAAGUUAGCAAGACUGCUGAGUUGGAUUACUCAAUGCCAGUUUCUGUUACUACAAGCCAACCUUCUACAUCUUAUUCAGACAUAACCGGUGAAGCAUCAGUGUACAAUCAGAUUCAGGCUGAUACUACCUCUUACAUGCACUAUGGGAACACUUCAUUUGCACCUCAAGACCAGCUAGUUAGCAACACUCAUGAGUCACAAGGCAUGAUGAGUGGCAAUGGUGGUGGGAGAUUAGCACUAGGUCCACCCCAAAACCAACACUUGGUUCAGCCUCAUACUGAGAUGAACCCUUUUAAUGAUUGGUCUAACACGGGAAACAGAGGAGGUGAUGGGUUUUUAUCAGAGGAAGAGAUAAGGGCUAGAAGUAAUGAAAUGCUUGAGAACGAUGAUAUGCAGCAUCUGUUGAGACUCUUUAGCAUGAAUGGUGGUGGUGGUCCUCAAACUCCGAUGAACAUGCAGGAAGACGGGUUUGGGUUUCACUCUUUUGGCCAGUCUUCAAUGGGUGAUUAUGGAGAGGAACGUUCACAGUCUGGUAAGCCUGUUGUUGGAUGGCUGAAGAUCAAAGCAGCUAUGAGAUGGGGCUUCUUCAUCAGGAGGAAAGCUGCUCAGAGACGUGCGCAGAUUGUUCAACUCGACGAGGACGAGUAGGUUCAGAAACUAAGAGUUUCCCAGAAGAAGUAAGUAAGUCUUUUGUGGUGGUUUCUUCUUCUUGUGGAGCUUCAUUUGUAUAGUGUAAGCUUUUCUUCUUUCUCUUCUUGCUUGUGCUUUAUAUUUAAUCUCUACGUUGACCAGUUUAUUUUCAAGAAACUACAAACCUGUUGUUGUAAUUUAUUUUCUCAGUUGUGUGUUAUUGUGCUACUUGGGAUUUGUUUUUUGGGAAGAUUGAUGAGACUGGACUCUAAUCUC